UGCACGUACGGUGGGCGCGCGCAGCGUCGCUCGCGCAAGAGAUCCCGUUCGAACCGUUCGAACACUGCGCGAUUGUGUCGUUCCAUCCGCAGAGGUUACAUCGUCUCUCUGCCGAGACGCGUGGGUCGUCCUGUCCUUCUCGGUCCGUUCCAACGUGCCGCUGUUCACGCAGCCGAACGCGUCGUGCGUCGCGGGGCAAUUAAGGAAGAAAUACCUCUUGCGCGGUAAGACUGCGCGUUGAUAACCUUUUGCUUCUACCACCUAAAGGACAAAGAAAGACAAAGCGUUUGCCGAAGUCAUGGCCAGCGGAUCUGGAGACAUGCCCGAACUCGCCAAGUGCCGCAACGUGUCGCUGUUGCUGGACGCGCUGGAGCUUCGCGGCGACAACGAGGACGUCAGGCGCGUCUUCCUCCAGCCGAGCCGUGAGCGCAUGGAAAUGCUGCGCUGGGUCCUCAUCAGCACGGAUCCAUCCGGGGCUAGUAAGGGCUACCUCAACCUUCCCACAGAGGAAGACGAGUUGUGCCAGUGCCUCAUGAAUGUGCUAAUGCAACUCAAGUGUCUGCCAGAAGAUAAGUACGAGGAGUUUGUUCGUGGAACCUAUGACAGCGAGGAGCAGCUUCAAUUGUGGAUUCUGCUUCUCAAGACAGCAGAAUGGGCACAAGACAAGCAUUGACCGAGCCUCUUUCCUUUCUUUUUCGACCAGUCCACAUUUCUGCCGAGGACCACAAGGAACGACUCACUCCUGAAAUGGGCAAUGCUUGUACAUUUUUUUCUUGUUCAUUUUAAGGCUAAUCUAGUGGCGACACUGCAGGGUAUGCGCACAAAGUUCCAAGUCGGGAGGAAGCGGGCAACCUUGCUGAGCGAUGGAAGACCUGUGUGUUCCAGCUCGUCUGUGUCGGUACACCGAAUGCCGUGUCAGAUGGGCGGGAAGUGAAGCCGUCUGGUAGCUGGUAGGCUCCGUGUUCCUCGCGUAAAUUUCGUGGCGUUGAAGAAAGAAAAGUCCUGCUGCCCAUGAGCAUUCAAGCACAUUCACGCUGUUCUGCCCUCUGUAAAACUAAGGAGAAAAAUAAAAUGCAAAGGAAAACGAA